UUCUUGAUUUUGAACUAGAAAGCAACAUUAGCAAUGUUUUGAUCUCUUCUUGCAAGUUAUAAGGAUGACCAUCUCCAAAGUUUCCAUUGCCUUCUUUCUUGCACUUGUUGUCCAUUUUGUUGCAGGAGAACAAGAGGUACUCAAUAGAGCAGUAAACACAACUCCUCUUCAGAAAAUAGAUUGUGGAGCGGCGUGCGCAAGGAGGUGCAGGUUGUCGUCCAGGCCACGGCUGUGCCACCGUGCUUGUGGGACAUGCUGUGCUCGGUGCGACUGUGUGCCGCCGGGUACUUCCGGCAACUACGACGCCUGCCCAUGCUACGCCAACAUGACCACCCAUGGCAACAGACCUAAAUGCCCUUGAGACUAUCUUCCCCUCCUCAAAUGAGUGCUCUCUGCACUUUGCAAUAACAUAUGUGAAGCAUUUAGUUUCACUGCAAGGAUCUCAGAGUUUGGGUAAUCCAUUUCAGGAAAAAGCAAUUCUGGUUUUUGAAUUCACAAUUUUACAAUUUAUUAUGCAAAUAUCGUAUUGUAGUCAAAUUUCCAAAUUAAAGUCAUGCUUAAGAUUAAUAAAAAAAUUUAAAAAAAUA